AUGUAUGUUGGAUAUGAAGAUGCUGAGGACACUGAAAUGUAUGAAGAUGAACUUUAUCACGAGGAGUCAUCCAGCGAGCAGAGUGUUGAUAGUGAGGUGGAAUUUCAUCUCUACAGCCAGAUCCACUAUUCCCAAAAUCUUGGAGAAAUCAGCGCACUGGAAAUGGAUGAAGAAGCUGAUGUUGCAGGAGUCACGGGCCAUAGUUCAGUUCUCACGGAGAAACGGUAUGAAGACAAGGAAAUGACUGAAUUCACAGAUGGUGGUGCUCAGCUUUCGGAUGACCCUGAGAUCAUCGUCUUGUCUGAUACACCAGAUGAAGACAGUGUUUACAAAAGCAAAGCAAAGAAGUCAACAAGCUCUUCAGUGCAAGGUAAAAGACGUAUCCAUCCAGGAUCUUCCACACCAAAUCAUGCUGACGCUGCUGGGUGUCAUAACCUGUACCCUGCUGGAUCAGGCACAGACAUUUCAAGGCAAAGGAAAAGCACUAGUGGGAAGCUUAGCCCAGUUAGUUCUGCUGGAGCUCCUGCCAUCGAAGACGUGUUGGUAAUACAUGAUAGCUCAGAGAAGGAGAGCUUGAUAUCUGAAAGUGAUAAUGUUGAGAGUUGGAUGCUUUUGGGAGCUGGUGCAGAUGACAGAGAUGAAGAUAUAAUGUUGAACCUCGAAGGCUGGGCGACUCCUGUCAGUGAAGCUAUCCAGUCCGUGGCUAAACAGGCCACAAUGUGCACUCAAUCGCAG